CUAAUAUAAGUCUUGGAGUUCCUGACUUUGAAAAAGAAGAAGAAAUAAUGGCUAGAUACGAUCGAGCAAUCACAGUUUUCUCCCCCGAUGGCCAUCUUUUCCAGGUCGAAUACGCUCUUGAAGCUGUUCGUAAAGGUAACGCUGCUGUCGGUGUUCGCGGUACUGAUAACGUUGUUCUUGGCGUCGAGAAGAAAUCCGCCGCCAAACUCCAAGACUCUAGAUCGGUCAGGAAGAUUGUUAAUCUAGACAAUCACAUUGCACUUGCCUGUGCCGGAUUAAAAGCUGAUGCACGUGUACUUAUAAACCGUGCCCGAGUGGAAUGCCAGAGUCAUAGGCUUACGGUAGAGGAUCCCUGCACUGUUGAGUAUAUAACUCGAUACAUUGCAGGUCUUCAACAGAAGUACACACAGAGUGGCGGUGUCCGUCCCUUUGGUCUUUCUACCUUGAUUGUUGGCUUUGAUCCUUACACUGGCUCACCCUCCCUCUACCAAACUGACCCUUCUGGUACAUUCUCAGCAUGGAAAGCCAAUGCUACCGGAAGAAACUCUAAUUCAAUCCGCGAGUUUCUUGAAAAGAACUUCAAAGAAACUUCUGGCCAGGAAACUGUCAAAUUGGCCAUCCGGGCUUUGCUUGAGGUUGUUGAGAGUGGAGGAAAGAACAUUGAAGUUGCCGUGAUGACCAAGGAGGAUGGACUGCGGCAAUUAGAGGAAGCUGAAAUUGAUGCAAUUGUUGCUGAGAUUGAAGCAGAGAAAGCAGCUGCUGAGGCUGCAAAGAAAGCUCCUCCCAAGGAUACAUGACUCUAGGUUUUUUCAUUUUGUAUUACCCAAGCAUCUUAUUGUAAUCUAUAAUUUACCAUUAUAUCUGAGAUUGAAACACAAAAGAGAACUGCUGUUUUUCUA